AUGUCGCUGGAUGCGAGUAGUCGUCGUUUGAUGAAAGAACUACAACAACUCUCUACUGAACCGCCAACAGGCAUUGUAGUUAACAAGGAUGCGGCUAGUUCUGAUUUAAAGCAGUGGCGAGUGGAUGUAAUAGGCGCAGCAGGUACAUUGUACGAAGGAGAAAAGUUUUCACUGCAGUUUCGGUUUACUCAACAGUACCCGUUCAAUUCGCCUGAGGUAAUGUUCGUUGGUGAGAAUAUACCUGUGCAUCCACACGUUUAUUCAAACGGUCAUAUUUGCCUUUCGAUCCUUUCGGAGGACUGGACUCCUGCUUUGAGCGUACAAGCCGUGUGUCUCUCCAUUCUUUCGAUGUUGUCAUCUGCUCGAGAAAAGAAGCGGCCGCCUGAUAAUGCUCUUUAUGUUCGAACAUGCAAUAAAAAUCCCAGUAAAACUCGAUGGUGGUUCCACGAUGAUACUGUUUAA